AAUUUAAAAGUAUCUAGAAAAGUAGAUGUAAAAACAGCUGACCAAGAAUAUCGACCACGAGUCACCUCACUCAAAUGUGCCAUUGAUAUUGAUGGAAAUUUAGCAGAAAUUCCUGAAACUACUAGUGAAGAGGAAAGUGAAACGUCCGAUGAAGAAAUUGAAAGUGAUAACCAGCAUGAAAACGAGUCUUCCGAAACUGAGGAAGACGAUGAAAAUGAAACUUUUGAAGACUGCAUUGAAUAUUCCGAAGAAGAAAUAAAUUUUUCCGAAGGAAAUGCAAAUGAAAGUGAUGAUAAUAACGAAAAUGAAAGUGAAAAUGAUACAGAAAGUGAUAAUUCAAAUUCAAUUGAAUCUGAAUAUGAGGAAAGUAACUCAGAAUCAGAAUCUGAAAGUGAUAGUGAUGAUGAUAAGGAUAUUUUGGAUGAGAUCCCUGUAAUGAUGGGAGACUCAUUAGUUGAAACUGAAUUGAAUGUUGAUUUAAUUAUGACAGGCGCACAUACUAUUCAGCCUAUUAGAUGUCCAUAUUUAUCAACUGAUGAAUGGCCUGAUGCUAUGGUUAAAGUUUACAAUGACCUUCAACAAUCAUCUCAUGAUAAACAACGAAUCCAUACCCUCAUAAAUGCCUUUUAUAUGGGAAAAUUAAUUGAAUCUUCUAUUACACCGAGAGAAAAGUGGACGGAAUUUGUGCAACAAAAUUCCAUUAAAAAUGAACGACGGAAUUACCUAGGAUCCACUAGGGUAUACAAGUUAUUUAUGUCAAACGUAGACCAAAUUUAUUGUACUCAACAUAUGACUUUCAGAAAAAUUGCUCGAUUGAAUAAUCAACAAUUUAAGGAGUUGAUGGAGUUUAAAGAAAGUUACGAAAGGGACUUC